UACAAUCCCAAGUUUGUUUCUGGCCGGUGCCAACUUUACCCUGUAGGCUCAAAAUUUGAGAACUUAAAAUGUUCCCUCUCAAGCAGGGCUGUCAAUCCACCAGUUUUUGACUUCGAUUAUGUAAAAGGUCGAUUGAUCUUGUGCUGGGUCGAUAAAGCUGGGGCAGCCGGAAUAACUCCAGAUGAUGUCUCUGCACCUAUAAAUCAUCCCUUUCGAUUUAUAAUCAUUGAGCUCAUUCUAGACUAGACUUUGAAGCAGAAGAUCUAGACAGAGGCAAAGCAAACCAUGGAUCAUUAUAUUCUACAGUCAUAUGUAUGCAAAAAAUCAAAAAGAAAAAGGAAAAAGCAGCAGACAGCAUUAUGCCUAGGAUCCAAAAUGUUUGAAAUUCUUCAGGAAACUUGCACGAUCCUGUUCGGCGAUCAGACGUUUUUUUCAAAUGAUGUAUGGGUUUAUUCCGAUAACUUCUCAGACUAAACCCGUGCCGUAUGCUAGAAGCAGCGGAAGCAGAAGGAGGAGGUGAAAGCCCACCCAUGUUCAGAUGCAAGAUUUGCCCAUGUCGUCCAUUUGUAUAGCUGCUGUAGCUCUUCUUUCUGCUUUCUCACCAAUUAAAGCGCUACCCAGUACUGCAAGCCUUUCCACUCUAUGGACCCUCAACCCCGACUCCUACAACUUGCAGUUCCGUGAUGGAUCGACCGCCGGGCCCAUCCUGGAAAAUGCAGCAUAUGGCAGUGGCUUCUACCGCACUGAUGGGGGUCACCUCUUUUCCAUUUUCUACCUUAUUUGCAACCUGAGUCUCGAGGCGGCUUCAAACCCGCUUGAAAGGUUUAUGGCAUAUGGCUGUUACUCAAGGGUGGUUUGGUCUGCAAAUAGGAACAAUGUCGUUCAGUACAAUGCCAAGUUGGAGCUAAAGUCGGAUGGAGAUUUGGUACUAAAAAAUGCCAAUGGGACCAUUGCUUGGUCCACCAAUACUUCUGGCAGAUCUGUCGUAAGUAUGAACUUGACGGAAUUUGGCAAUCUCCUGCUGCUUGAUAAAGACAAUGAUGUGGUCUGGGAAUCAUUCAGUCACCCGACGGAUGUACUGGUGCCGAGGCAGAGACUAACGUUGGGGCAGAAACUGACUCCUUCUGCUUCUUCAACAAAUUUCACAGAGUAUGGUCUGCUUUCACUUUCCUUCAAUACUUCAGGUCUGUAUGCUCUCGUGGAGACGAACCCUCCCCUGGCUUAUUACAGCACGAACUUUAGUAAUUUAAGCCUUGAUAGUUCUAGUUAUAUUGAAUUUCGGAGAGGAAGCUUGGCGCUGGUCUCUAUUUCUAAUUAUCUAAAUCUCUCGGUAUUUUCAUUCCCGGCAUCAAUAUCUAAACAGUUCAUCAGGAUGAGCUCUGACGGGCAUUUGAGAGUGUAUGAGUGGCAUGAGAAUCAGUGGCAAGAAAUUGCCGAUAUCUUGACUGGGGAAAUAGGCAACUGUGGAUAUCCUUUGCUUUGUGGGGAAUAUGGCAUUUGCUCAAACGGGCAGUGCACUUGCCCUGCAUCAAGGAAUCCCAGCGGGACCCCAUAUUUCAAACAGCUAGAUGACAGGAACCGGAGUCUCGGGUGUCCGCUGACUACUCCCUUGUCUUGUGAUGAUCCGCAGAACCACAGCUUUGUAAAGCUCGAAAAGUUCACCUACUUCACUGUCAGCAAGCAGGAUGUUAGUAACACAAGUCUAGAGAGCUGUCAAGAAGCCUGUGCGAGGAGCUGCUCGUGCAAGGCUGCCUUCUACUCACCUUCUAGAAGCUAUUGCUCCUUGCAAGCCCAGGUGCUCUCAAUGAUAAGCGACUAUUCAGUAGAUGUAUCUGCUUAUAUCAAAGUGCAGAACAUCUCUUCUGAGAUAUCACCACCACCACUGCCACCACCUCCCCCUUCAAAUCCCACGACUGACACGGAUUCCCACCCCACGAGGAAAGCUAAUCGUCUUCCAUUAAUACUUGGACCUGCCUUGGGCUCUUUGAUUCUUCUAGUGGUUGCAUUGGUUCUCUUCAUCUGGAAGAGACGAGCUGCUGAUGAGGCAGACGAGGAGUAUCUAGAUGAAGUGCAAGGAAUGCCCAGUAGAUUUCCAUACAACGAGCUCAAAUCUGCGACAGAGAAUUUCUGCAAGAAGAUCGGGGAGGGCGGGUAUGGCUCAGUUUUUCAAGGCACCCUAGCUGAUGGCACGGAAGUUGCAGUGAAGCGUCUUGAAGGCUUAGGACAGAUCAAGAAGUCCUUCCUGGCAGAAGUGAAGACUAUCGGCAAAAUCCAUCACGUCAACUUGGUGAGACUAUUAGGAUUCUGUGCCGAGAAAUCGCACAGGCUACUGGUCUACGAGUUCAUGUCCGGGGGAUCUCUUGAUGGGUGGAUUUUCCACGAGGCAGCUGGCAGGGUUGUGCUUGACUGGCAACAGAGGAAGAAGGUUGUCCUUGACAUAGCAAAAGGAUUGAAUUACCUCCAUGAGGAUUGCUGGCAGAAGAUAAUCCAUCUCGACAUUAAGCCCCAGAAUAUCCUCCUCGAUGAGAACUUGAGUGCAAAGGUGUCUGACUUUGGGCUGUCGAAGCUCGUCGAGAGGGACAAGAGCCGGUUGGUGACGACCAUGAGAGGAACACCUGGCUAUAUAGCCCCCGAGUGGUUGAGCGGGGUGAUUAUUGAGAAAGCGGAUGUCUACAGCUUCGGGGUGGUGGCUUUGGAGAUCGCUUGUGCCCGGAAAGUCUUCGUCAGCUCCCAGAACGAGGAAGACAGGUUUCUUCUGCAUCUCCUUAAGAGGAAGGCGGAAGAGGACCGAUUGCUCGAUAUGGUUAAUACCUAUGGGGUGGAUAUGCAGUUGUACGGACCUGAAGUUGCCAAUAUGAUCAAGCUAGCUGCUUGGUGUUUGCAAGCUGACUAUACCAAGAGACCAUCCAUGUCGAUGGUCAUUCAGGUCCUAGAUGGAGUUAUGGAAGAGGAAGAUAACCUAGAUUUCAACUUCUGGAACCGUCCCGUCACUGCUGGCCCGGGUAGGAAUCGAGCCGGUGCUCCUACCGCUCCUCCAUUGCCUUGGAUUCUAUCCGGCCCGAGAUAAAUCCUCGAAGUGAUUAAGAUGACGUCUACUCUCACCGUCUCGUUUGUUCAUGGUGAAACAAACUAGUUGCAAUUACUCUCACCUGCACUUCCAUUUCCUUUACAUUUUCCCUUCAAAUGUCCUGCCAUUGUACUAAAAGACCAGUGAGAAAUUUCUCGGCUUAGAUCCUACACUGCUUUUGCCUUGGAAA